GUUAUGGGCAAGUCAGAAAGCCAGAUGGAUAUAACUGAAAUGAAUACUCCAAAACCAAAGAAGAAACUGCGCUGGAGUGGCCUGGAAAUAGGGCUGGCUGUUGUCGUGAUUCUGCUAGCUAUCGUGGCGAUCACAAUGAUAGCUCUGUACGCAACGUAUGACGAUGGGAUUUGCAAGACAUCAGACUGUAUAAAAUCAGCAGCCCGAAUCCUUGAGAACAUGGACACCACUGCAGAGCCUUGUAAAGAUUUUUACCAAUAUGCCUGUGGAGGAUGGCUUAAGAGGAACGUCAUUCCAGAAACCAGCUCCCGUUAUAGUAACUUUGACAUUUUAAGAGACGAACUAGAAGUUGUUUUAAAAGAUGUCCUUGACACACCAAGCAGUAAUGAUAUAACAGCAGUGCAGAAGGCAAAAACUCUGUACAGAUCGUGCAUAAAUGAAACUACCAUUGAUAGCAGAGGCGGGAGGCCUUUAAUCAGUUUAUUGCCAAACAUAUCUGACUGGCCUGUAGCAACAACUAACUGGGAUUCUUCCUAUGGUGCUGCCUGGACAGCGGAGACAGCUAUUGCACAGCUGAACUCCAGAUACGGGAAAAAAGUCCUUAUUAAUUUUUUUGUCGGCACAGAUGAUAAAAAUUCCACAGCACAUAUCAUUCACAUUGACCAGCCUGGGCUUGGCCUGCCUUCUCGUGACUACUAUGAAUGCACUGGUGCGUACAAAGAGGCAUGUGCUGCCUAUGUUGAUUUCAUGAUUUCUGUAGCUAAACUCAUCCUACAAGAAAGAAGUAUUUCUUUCAAUGAGAGCGAGAUUUCUGAACAAAUGAACAGAGUUAUGGACCUGGAGAAAGAGAUUGCCAAUGCAACAACAAAAUCUGAAGACAGAAAUGAUCCACUUCUGCUGUAUAAUAAAAUGACCUUGGCACAACUCCAAAACAAUUUCUCAUUGGAAAUCGAUCAUAAGGUAUUCGACUGGUCAAAAUUCAUAAAUGAUAUCAUGUCAACUGUGCAAAUUAAUGUUGAGAACACCGAACAUGUCAUUGUUUAUGAUCCGGAAUACCUUAUCAGGCUGAAGACUAUUCUGAAUAAAUAUACUCCCAGAGACCUUCAAAAUUACAUGAUCUGGCGAUUCAUAAUGGAUCUUGUCAACAGCCUAAGCCGUAACUACAAGGACACAAGGAACGCUUUUCGUAAGGCACUGUACGGCACCACAUCAGAGACUGCUGUUUGGCGGCGUUGCGCCAACUAUGUCAACAGCAACAUGGAGAACGCCGUGGGGAGAUUAUACGUAGAGGAAGCGUUUGCUGGAGACAGUAAACACGUGGUUGAGGAAAUGAUUGCAGAUAUACGUGAUGUUUUUAUAAAAACCUUAGAUGAACUCACUUGGAUGGAUGCCGAAACCAAACAGAAAGCAGAACAAAAAGCAACAGCAAUUAGAGAGAGGAUUGGUUAUCCAGAUGAGAUCGUGACUGACAACAACAAGCUGAACAGCGAGUACCAGGAGUUGGACUACAAAGAAGAAGAAUACUUUGAAAACAUUAUUCAAAAUUUAGUAUUUACCCAGAAGAAAAGGUUGAAAAAGCUUAGAGAAAAGGUGGACAAAGAGGAGUGGAUAAGUGGAGCUGCUGUUGUCAAUGCUUUUUAUUCAGCAAGUAGAAAUCAGAUAGUCUUCCCUGCUGGCAUUUUGCAGCCCCCUUUCUUCAGUGCUUCCCAGCCCAAAUCUCUGAAUUACGGUGGCAUAGGCAUGGUCAUCGGCCAUGAAAUCACCCAUGGGUUUGAUGACAACGGCAGAAAUUUUAAUGAGAAUGGAGACCUUGUAGACUGGUGGACUGAAGAAUCAGCACGGAAUUUUAAGGAGCUAUCCCAGUGUAUUGUGUACCAGUACGGAAACUUUUCAUGGGACCUAGCAGGUGGACAGCAUCUGAGUGGAAUCAACACACUAGGAGAAAACAUUGCUGAUAAUGGGGGAGUUAGACAAGCAUAUAAGGCCUAUGAAAACUUUGUGAAAAAGCAUGGAAAAGAAAAACGUCUUCCUGGUCUUGAAAUGAACCAUAAACAGCUGUUUUUUCUGAACUUCGCACAGGUAUGGUGUGGAACAUACAGACCAGAAUAUGCUGUGAACUCCAUCAAAACUGACGUGCACAGCCCAGGCAAAUUCAGGGUCAUAGGUUCACUCCAAAACUCUCCCGAGUUUUCUGAAGCCUUUUCAUGCACCAAGACGAACUACAUGGAUCCUGCUAAGAAGUGCCGAGUUUGGUGACGGAACCGUAAGCCUUGCAUCUUGGCAAGCUUUCUAGAGAAAGAGAAACGUUGAACUGAUUUCAAGAAGGGGAGCAGGGAAGAAAACUGAGGGGAAUAUGCUAGAGUGGUCACUGUAAUUCUUAGUAAACAGGCAAAA